AUGGCAGACACUGAGGGCGAGAUCGUGAUCGAGGACGAAACCGCCGCGGACGAGGAAAUGGGCGACGUCGAAAACGGCGAGACGGUGGUCGAAGAGUCGGCGCCUGGAGGACUGGAGGACAUUGAGCCGACCAUUCCGCCGCGGACCACAUUUCUGGACUACCUGAGCUCGCCCAUUGUCGAGCUCGCGGUUGGGAGUGGCGAACAGGCGACGACAUUGUUUGCACACCAAGGACUACUCACCAAGUCGCCCUUCUUCGAAGAGGCAGUGUCCAAGUUCUCGGAUAGCCCCAACACCCGCCGUCGCAUCGAGCUCUCCAACGACGAUCUGGCUGCCACAGCAUCCGUGCUUGAGUAUCUGUACAAGGACGACUACUACCCCAACCUCACCGGCACUACGAACAUGGACUUCGACACUUCCGUACCGCAGCCUGACAACGAGGGUGUUGGUCUGCUUCGCCAUGCCCGCAUCUACGCGCUCGCCCAGCGCUACGGUCUGCCUGCACUGGCGGCACUCGCCCACAAGAAGAUCCAUCUCACACAAUCGACCGCAAAGGGCGAGAUUGCAUACGCUCGCUUUGUAUACGCAGAGACCAACCCAGACGACGAAAACAUCCGGAAGCCUGUGGCUGCAUUUUGGGCUAACCGUUCGUAUGUGUUGCGUCACGAGGCCGAACAAGAGUUCAAGCGCAUGUGUCUCGAGUACCCACAAUUCGGCUUCGACGUGCUCAGCUUGGUCCUCGAUGCACAGGAGAAGCGCAGUCAGCGUACCGAGGGAACUGGUGGGCCUUCUGGCCGGAAGAGACAGCGGACCAUCUUGUAA